GAGAUUCUCCUUCUCACCUCUUCUCUUCCUUGGUGGUAGGUCAUGGCAGCGGCCGUAUGAUCGCAACAUCACGGUGUGGCCGGCGGGAACCUUCCACUAUGAUACGCUCCUUUUAUUGCUGAUAUCUUCUUUUCCUUUCUUUUUUUUUUUUUUAAUUUGCCCUUCAUUGACUGGGCUGGUUUCCCUGUUUCUCUUCUUCUUCUUCUCUCGUUCCCUCCCGUGAUCCGCUCGGAGCCGGCGCCAACAUGGCGGUCGAGGGUGCCACCCAGGCCCUCAUCGCGGCAUUCUUCUUCGGGAUUGUGCUGAACGCGGCGUCUGCUGCCCUCGUUCUCUUCGUCAAAGGGUACGGCCUCUCCGCGGUAUUCCGGGACAGCCAGAGGCUGGUCCUCGUUCUUUUCCUUCUCAGCGCAGCCCUGUGGGCUCAGACCGACUUCAUUACGAUUCUCCUUGACAUCACGGCGUCGAACGUGCCCUGUCAGGUCGGCAUCAUCUUCGCCACCGUGUUCGACCAGCUUGCCAGGUUCUCGGUCGAGCAAUUCCUUCUAUGGGCCCUCAAUCUCGACAAUGGAGCAAAGCUCUCCCUCAUGCAGUUGAUCCCCCAGGUUUUGGUCCUGGCUAGGUUCCUCGCUGGGGCCGUCUUCAUCGGCUUUAUCAGGCCCCAGACCGAUGACUUCUGCGUCGCCACUACGUCAGCCCUCCCUGUCGGAAUCCUUGUCACCGCUCUAGACGGCGCAAUCAUCUCGCUCCUCAUCAUCAGGGCCUACUCGGCAGGAGGAGCCGCGAAAGAUGACCAGUAUGGCAAGGGUGUCACGGCCGACCGAGCCAGAGCGCUAAUGGCCGUGCUGCUGGGCUUGGUAUUCUGGACAGGGACCAGCGUGCCCAUGCUGCUCGGCCUAGCAACUUUAGCUUUGGCAACCAGAACCGCUCUGCCGGCCGGUGGUCUGCUUAUAGUGAUCAUCUUCGUGGCUGGUGGCGCGGAUACUCUGCUCGCCUCCCGGAAAGCGAGCUCUCAUCCUCCCGAGGCGCCGUCGCCAAGACGCAUCAAUAUUAGCCGCGAUGUCUCAACCUCCGACACCGACUACCCCCCGACACGCUUCGAAGAUCUCAAGGAAGCAGCCCUGCGUUCUUCCAGGACGUUUGUCAAUCCCAGAGAGGCCCCGAAAGUCAAGGACGAGACCGGCAUUAUGUUCGCCACUGAAGCGGAAAGGAUUCGUGCUAUGCCCAAGACAGGCUUGGUUGACUUUGGAAAAGGAAAGAUAGCCAUUAGUCACCCGAUUCUCCUGCAAAAUGGUGACCAGAAUCCUGCCACCAGAAUAGCCUUGAUGGGUCUGGAAGAGGCCGCGGCGGCGGAAAAGGAGAGGAGAGCCCGUGCUCUCCAGGAUGAAAGCGCGAGGGUGGGCGUCCGCGCUGCAGCGCGCUCAAACGGCAUGGCACCGGAGGAGGCGUUGAAGCGGGGAAUCAGUCUGAAGAGGAAAGAGGUUGCCUCCGCAUCUAUCCGGGAGACUCUGUUCCCAGGGACCCUUCCGCCCGGAGAAGGCGGGGCCGUGGCGCGAACAACGUCCGCCCAGCCCUCUCCAGGCGGGGAAGAGACUCGCCGGAGGUCACCACGGCCGUCGCUCCAGGAGGAGUCAGCACAUGCACGCCCAGCAUUCCCAGCGAAGGCCGAAGAGGCUCUCGAGACAAACCCUCAGUCUCGGCUCAGCCGGCCAUUGACCUCGCAGCAGCCUCUCCUAAGGCCGAAUAUCCGCCCCUCAAGAACGCUGCCCCCGUCCCCGCCAACGCCGCCUCCCGAGCCAACAAAGACGCCUCUCCAGAGACGGCCCACCAUUGGUCUCCCGUCAAACCCAAGGGCGCAGGGCGUCAAGGUCGCCGAAGAGCCGGGAUCCCAACACCGGACCAUUCUGUUCCUCAACAACAUCCAAUACAAUGACCCGUCAACGGUCGAGGCUAUCAUCAAAACCGCCGGGAAUCCUUCCUCUAAGCCCAGUUUCCCCGCAGCGAAGCCCCCAAGCCCACAAUCCGUCGUCAACCGUCCCAGACCCAUUCCACGGAAACCCGCGGACUCGCCAGCUGAGUUCAGCCCCGCCUUUGGUCACAGGCGAACUAGAUCCAGCGGAUCCCUUAUGGGAAGGAAGUCUCGGCUUGCUUCGUCUCCUGGCAGCCCGACAGCGCUUCCACCUCUCCCCCCUCUGCCAGUACGGAGCGCAACGGUGGCGUCCCGGCCUCACCCCAACAAUACCAAGAGCAUGACGGUUGAGGAAAAGGUCACUCUGUUCUUCCCGAACCCACCUAGUGCAACGGCGAGCAAGCGGCGAUCGUCCGUCCCCGAGGUGCCCCGUGUUCCCGCAUUCUAUCUCGGUACGGGCACCUCGCCGACUAAGCAGCAGCACGGCCAGCGGGCUUCCAACCAGACAACCAAGACGUCUACUGGGUCUGAGAGCGUUUCUGACGUGGAAGAGAUCCAGCGAAGGUCCGGAAAGACGCUGUUGAAAAAUGCCGGCGAAGCCGGAAGUGCUUGGCUCCGCGCGUUUGGCGGCAACGACGGUGCCAACUCAAGCGACGAAUCGCAGCCGAAGCAAGCAGACGGGAAACGCGGGUCAUCUCCCGUCUUGCCGCCGCCAGCUCAGCCACGCGUGUCCGCUUGGACGGAGACGACCUACGACAACUCUGAUGACGAGGGGACGAACUGGAGCUCUAUCAACACUCCAGAGGUUGCAAUCGGCGUCCCCGUCGUGCGGAGGAUUGGUCUCCCCGCAUCAAUCCGGAUGCCCAAGCGCCAGGACACGAGGGAAUCCCAACUUUCCCACGCCACCGACAGCCGCAGCCGGGAGACCUUGCCAAUCAUGCUCAAUGCGUCAUCUGCCCAGCAGGCCGACGCACAAGGUUCGCCCGCCUCGGAGGCCGAGGCGCCUGUCGCAACACCCCAGCUGCCCACAUGGCAUCACCGGGUGGGCGACCAAUGCCCGACUUUCUCGGUCAGGAAGACGGAAACCAAGGCUAGGAAGAUGCCUCCUCCCGCGCCGCUGCCGCUGCACACCAUUUCGACAAGGAAGAUCAUUGCUAUCCACCAAGCAGAGCCGUCUCCGCUCGAAUCGCCAGCAGAGGCUAUCCGCCAGAUUCGGGCACAACUGAGGAAACUUGACGACCUCCCACAGACCACUCCGGAGAGUGCGUCGCGACGCAUGGAGCUGCUCAAGGAUCUUGAGCGAGAAAUGGGUCAGCAGGCGGAGCAUUGGGAAGAGAUCAAGCAUGAUAUGGGCCGGGAUUCCAUGUCCACCAUGCAGUCUCUCUCGCCGACGGUUCGGGAUUCGCGACACACGUCUGUUGCCAGCGCCCUCGACGUUGCCCGGGCGUCAGCACAGCGCAGCACAGAUCUAGAACACUGGGCUUCGCAGGAGGCUCAGAUGCAACGGGACAACAAUCUCGAGGCCCUCAAGAUCCCCGAGGCAUCGGUACGAGAUUCGCCAAGCCCGAAGCUGAGCAAGUGGCAGAAGCGGUUGACGGAGGCUCAAAUGGAUUACAUGGACGCCAAGCUCCUCACCGCAAGCAACGCCGCUUUCACACAGCUGUCCAAGGCUCAGCUGGCUAGCCCUACUCCUCCAGACUCUGACGAUUCCGAGCUCCCGCCUCUUCCGAUUCUCGAUGAGGGGAUUCCGGCUCAGCAGCCAGCCGAGGAGCCAACAAAACACGUCUCGCUGUGGAAGCCGGCACCAAAGGUGGCGGCUGCGCCAACUGGUCUUCUCUGGACAGCUCCUUCGAGGCCCGCACCGGAACCCGAGGCGCCGCUCCCUGGUCUCUCGCUCCGGCCUGCGCAGAGGAAAGAAUUGCCGCCCCUCCAGAUCGAGAGCAGGCAGCUCUGGCGCAAGCCGUACGACACCGCCAACCGCACAACAUCGGGCCUUUGGCGCCCACUUUGGGCUUCAGCAGCUCCGCCUGCCGAGCCACUGGCGCGUGUGUCUUCCAAGUCGGGCUCCGCCUCGCGGAAGCCCCCGCGUCCUGUCACUCAACGGCCUCCCCGUCGUAACAAGCGCGUGACGCUGCUGCCCGAUAUUCUCGAAAGCCCAGAGCCGCUCCCGGACAAGCGCGGAACUCUCGGUAUCUUCCAGUUCCCCUGGGGCGAGAAGUCAGACACGGCAAGCAUCCAGCCGCGCCAGAGCAUGUACAUGGCCAUGCCUGGGACCAUGACCUCGGGCGGUCCGUCCGGCGCUAUGGCCGGUCGUACGGGGCAGUGGGCGCCCACCGACUACUCGUCCUCGUUCUUCGACGAGUACGACAACGACGACGACCGGGAUGUUGUGGAUAUGGACUCCUACGAGGAGGACAGCGAUGAUGAGUUUGACGACUCUACUCUCUGGGAGAUCGCCAGUCUCCUGAGGACCGAUUCCGUACCCUCGAGGGACAGCUUGUUCCCGCCAUCAUUCGAGCCUGUCGUGGACAGCGAUCCGGACGAGCUGAGCUCGGACGAGGAAGAAGAGUCCAUCUUCAUCGGCUUGGACGCGUCCCUGGAAGUUCUCUCGGAGCAGCAGCGCGACUCGGCUACUCUCGAGAGCUCUACCCUCCUGGUGCUCAAGGAUGCCCUGGAGUCCAAGACACCGCCCCGGCCCGCUGUCAGCGUCGGCCUGCCUGCCCUUCCCAAAGCAUCUCUGGACAGCCGCGAGGUCCCUGUUACGUCCGAUUCGACACCGACUCCUGAGCUGUCCACGAUGGCACGCCACACGACCGAAGUUCAAGAGAUUAAGACCGCGAACGAGCAAUGCUCAACUGGGUUGUGGAUCCCACCAAGCCCUGCAUCUAGCCCUCCUGCGCGGGACGGCUUGUUUGUGCUUGGGCGCAACCCAUCCGACUACCGUAGCACCUCGGAGGAGCCUGCUGCCUUGGUUAUCCGUCGGGCGCCACGCCCCGUCGACCAAAGACCACUGGAGCGCCUAGCGUCGACAAAACUCUGGGCUGCCGAAGAUGCCGUGAACAAGCGCGAGCGGAAUUGGAUUCUCGGCGAGCAGCCAAUGCUUAAGGCAAGAAAGGCUUGGCGACCACACUUCACCCGCGAAGACUGGCAGGCCGCUCUUCGUGAGGCGAUUCAAGCAAGCCGCCCUGUCACCAGGAAGCCCAGACGGAUAGCCGCCACCAAGGCCGAGUGGGAAGCCGCGCUCCAAGAAGCUGUCUUCCUCUCGACUACUCGGCUUCCCUUCGACUCAUCCACGCGCCACCCCGUCUUCGCGGCCGCCUCCCUGACCGCCCGCACUGAGUUGUUCCAUCCGGCCGCGACGGGCUACACGUACGACAUUGCUGCCGUUCACCCGGUCUUCUUCGGCUCUCUGGCCAUAACCUGCCCUCAAGAAGCCGUUCAUCCGGCCAUGUCCGCUCACGCGGAGAAAAUUCUCCUCCUCCAGCAGUGCUCUGAGACGCACCAAAGCUCGGGUUCGCAGGGUUACAGCGCUAGCCACGGCCAGACUGAGACUGAGGAGGAUAUCCGUUCGAGCGAUCAGCAUCAACACCUGCAAGAGGAGAAGGAUGAGGGAGUGAAUGAGGUGCAGACGUCAAGCUACGCGCCAUCGCCGAUCCCGACAGCUCUGGAGUCAGCAUCAAGUUACGAACAUGAUAUGAUUCAAGCGCGGACUGAGGCACUCGAGCAGGAGCGGCUGUUCGUGGAACGCGCGGUGCACAAGGAAUACCGCCGGCGGACGAGCAUGGCUCCUCCUGCCGCUAUCGUGGAGCAGCAGCCUUCGAUGACAGCGGAGGGUCUGGCAGGAGUAGAGAUGGUGCAGGAGCUGCAGCGGCGGUUGAGUCUGCGGAUUCGGCAGUCGCUAGUUUUUGUUCACCCGGCGCCGGUUCCUGUUAGCGAGGAGCCGAAGGAGACGCCGACGGCUGAGAGCAAGGAGGUUCGUGCUGUCUCGCCGGGCUUGCGGGAGCCUGUCCGGGAUCGUCAAGGCGAACAGCUCCUCCUCUGGAAGCCCCGCGUGCCUGCUGCUAUGGGCUUGUCAACCGGGUUGUGGUCGGCGAACUCUGAGCACAACCAACCCGUAACUGCUCCUUCGGUGGAGGAAGACGCGUACGCCGCCUCCCAGCGAGCACAGCGACGAAGGACGCUGCAGAAGAAGCAGCGCACGCAAGAAGUCCUGGCACAAAUGCCCCUUGUCGACUUCACCGGGAUGGGUCUUUGGGUGAGCUGGACGCAGGCGCUUACGACGAGAACAAUGGACUGGCUGCACAGCGCUUGUGUCUCGGGGCCGAAUGGAGCGGCGUCAACCAGCGCACAGAAGCUCUGGACCACUCCUGCGCGCUCGGUGGCUAGCUCCGCGCCAAAUGGACUCUGGACGGCACCUAGGACAACUGACCGUCCGUCUCCCGGCCUGUUCCUGUCCGAGGACGUGUCUGCCGCCCCGCAAUGGACGAUACGAUAUCACCGUCGACGCCAAGAAACGUCCGCCUACGUCGAUGAGGUGCAGCACGGUGCAGAAUUGUGGUCUCAGAAGAGCAGCAGCGUUGUCUCUCGAGGGCUGAGGACUAAGCAUGACUGGUUGCACAGCACGUGUGUGCCGAAGGCGACGGUGCCCGAGGCUAGGCGCGAGAAGGAGCGGCUCUGGACCGCUCCCCUUCGUUCCCAUGUCACCGCCUCGCAGACCGGUCUCUGGGAGACGUCCACGGCCGGUGGCAGAUCCCCUGUCUCGUCCUUGCCAGAAGACAACAACACUUUGGCAUGCUCCCACGGCGCCUGGAGCGGGAGCCCACGCCGGCAACUGGAUAUGUCUACACAGCCCAUCGAGAUAGACUUGGGCGCGGCGGAGCUGUGGACUCGAAAGAACAGUCCUGCCUCUCUGGGAUCGAUGGACAGACGGGACUGGCUGCACACCGCGUGCCUCUCGGUCUCGGUCUCGGCCUCGGCCUCGGCCCCGGCCGCGCCCGCGCCCGCGUCCACGCCUUCACCGGCCCCGACAAGCGGCUAUCCGAGCAAGCAACUCCUCUGGACCCGGCCCAGCAGCAGCAGCAGCAGCACGACCACCCGCUCCGGUCUCUCGACCGGCCUGUGGACCGCGCCGACAACCACUUCUGCGCGUCCGUCCGUGUCGUCGUCGUCGGCGGCGGCGGCGAUGGUGGUGGACGAGGAGGACGGCGUCGCGGCCGCGGCGCGGGCGCGCAGGAGGAAGGCGAUGCAGGAGCUGCAGGAGCUGCAGGAGAUGCAGGAGGUGCUGGCGCGGAUCGCGGCGGUGGAGCGUGGGGUGGAUCCGUCUGUCCACUUUCCGGGCAUGAAGAUGUGGACGGCGCCGAGGGCUGCUGUCGCUGCUGAUGCUGCUGCUGCUGCUGACGAGGUCGGUAGCGGCAAGGCGGGUGGAAGGGAUUGGCUGCAUAGUUUGUGCGUGCGGCCGACGGAGGGCGGUCGUGUUGAGGUGUUUGGUUAGGUUAGGCUAUGUAUGUAUUGUAGGUAGAAAAAAAAGGGGGGGUUCUGGAUACCCUCAGCUGUAUAUUGUAAUAUACCUCACCUUUGUAAGGCUCGCAGGCGUAGUUUUGCGGCUUCUCUCUUCUUUUUGUUUUUUUAUUCUCUCUCUCUCUCUCCCCCUCCGUCCCUC